AUGUCCACCAAGUACGAGUCCAAGACGAAAGGUAACAAGCACCACUCUCCACCUCCCAUGGCAACCCGCCCUCCCAUCAAACUCAAACUCAAACUCAUCAACCGCCGCAAAGUGACCAAGAAGUCCUUCAAACCCCUCCGCAAACCCAACCGUGAGCAAGCCCUCAGUCUCCUCUCCACCUUCGGCAGCGGCAGCAGUAACAGCACGAGCAAGAACCAAACGCCCCUCGUCUUCUCCCCAACGAAGGAGAAUGCGCACCUCAACCCCUGGAUCCAUCUCGACCAGAAGUCGGCCGGCGCAGCGUCUCGAUCCCUCACGAAGGGUGUGGUCCUGCAGCGUAUGCGCGGGAACGUCGCAGCGGCGAACAAGCAGAUCGAGGAGUUUUCUGGGAAGGUGUAUUCGAAGCGCGGGUGGCGUCAUUUGGCUAAGGGGUUGAUCGACAUCUACGAGACGUACUUCAACCGUCGCGCUGCGCUGUUGAAGGAGUUGGAGAUUUGUUGCGCGGAGGAAGUGGUGAAGCGGGAGGCGUGA